AUGUUCUUCUUGUCUCCACUAGUUCGAGAAAAGGAAGACCUGGACGCUGGUGAGUCCUUUAUGCCGGAUAUGACACACCAGGUUUUUGGCGAAAGCGAAAUAAUAUUCGGUUAUAAAGAUCCUAAUAUCACAAUCGCUUAUAUGGCUGGAAGUCUUUCUACCUUUGUCGAUAUUAAGUACUCUGAGAAGAUACCUCAGCCUAUUUCCGGCGGAGUUAAGCCGGAUGAUAUUUUGCAGUCUUUGAAAAGUGUGUACCCACAAGGCAUUUAUACUAAGAAAUCGGAUUUCUUGGGCACUUUCGAGGAAGAGCUGAAGUUUAAACCUUUUGGUAGUUUGCGAUCGAGUUAUACGAUCAGCAGAGACGGGCAGUCUUAUGAGUUUGUGGUGUACUGCGUUGAUCACUCGUCACCAGACUUUGGAGCCUUUUCCAACUAUCUUUUACGCAUGGAGCCUUUUCUUCUGUUUUUUGUUGAUGAAUCUUCAUUCGUUGAGUUGGAUAACAGGUGGAGUUUCUACGUAUUGUAUGAGAAGUUUAGUUCUGCGGGCUCUCCAAACGAACGUUUUGCGUUUGCUGGUUACGUGUCCGUUUACAAGUUUUAUGCGUACCCAGAACACAUCCGACCCAGAUUGAGUCAGAUGUUAAUUCUGCCCCCCUUCCAGAAGAUGGGUCACGCUACCCGAUUACUUGAAACAGUUUACGAAGAUCUGACUCCUUUGACCGAAGUCAUUGAUAUUACUGUGGAAAGUCCUUCGGAUGAUUUGACUCGGUUGCGUGACUAUCUGGAUAGUAAGCGCUGCCUAGAGCUGGCGGACUGUAUCAAGAUUCUCAAGGAGGUGAAGGAGAGUGUAAAAUCGGCGGUGAGGUCCACCCAAACGGUGUCAGCAGCAGACGAGAGAGGAGGAGACGUAGAGGAGGGGACACCGACCAGCGUCAAGCGCAGACGCCUCAGCGUGACUCCAGCAGAAACCCGCAGCAUCAACGCCGCUAACAACUUCUAUAGGGUAGUGCAGCAGCAGCUCAAGCUGUCGCGUACGCAGUCACGUCGUGUCUACCAAAUUCUGCUCUUCUUUCUACUCACUCAUCAAAAACCUGAGGCUGUAGAGGCCUACCGCAAGGCCCUUCUUAAGCGCACUCGAAUUGUCAACGGUCGACCUCGUCUGGCUUCAUCAACGUUCGCACCAACGAUGAAUCGACAUAAUUUAAUCACGGAUCUUUUUAACGAGGAAUAUGAACGGGAAGUUGUGCAGCAAGUUGAAACGGAAUUAGCCUCCUACAAGAAGGUUGCUGAGAAGUUGGAGGCAGCUGUCGGAGCGGGCGAGGUGGAUCUUAAUUGGCUCGAGACCGAUUGA